AUGAUGGAGUCGCAUCGGCGAUACACCGAAUCCCUGGCCAAAAAGGUGAUGGCGGCGCAAACCAACACGGACUUGGAUGUAGCGAUUGUGCACACCCUCACCUUCAACACCACCAUCUCAGCGCUUUCCUACCACCAUCCCCGCGGCGUUUCGACGAAACAGUGGCCCCAUCCAUCCUUUACGCCUGCACUCGCGUCAUCGGCCGCGGAAGCCACCGACACUUCCAUCGCUCGUCUCGCGUCGGAUCAAUAG